AACCAACAUGGCCGAACAGAAGCCCUUCGCUCACGAAAUUGAGGCGUAUUCGGAUGAAGAUCUUGACCGAUACCUGGCAGAGCAUGGCCGGGUUGUGAGCGUGCAAGACCCAGGGAAUCUGACGGCCGAGUUCAUACAAAGAUUGAAGUAUGAUCCAUGACCAUCACCCGCGCUCCGCUUCUCAUCGUUAGCAACAGGGACAUCCUCCAGCGCGAACGGGAAACCGCUCAAUCAAGCGCACUCAAUCCCACCGAGGUUUUUGCUCGACUUCAAAACUUCUCCCGGGAAACGGAGCAGCUCAGCAGAUCACCAUCACUCGCCACGACUCCGCCACCGCUGACACAGGAAGAAAGCGACCUCGAGGAUUUGGCGGCCGAACAGGCCGCCUGGCCCGCGCUGGUCGAAGCUGGUGGCCAUCCACCAUAUCCCUUUGAUAUCCUCGAAGAUUUCUUCUGGCACUUUGAAGACUAUCAACACCGUGACGAAUUCCGCGAUCUCAUCUCAUUCUGGCGAUGUUGGGUAUCAAACCCCGUUGAAAGAACUCCAUUCUGUGCCUGCAACUUGGCAAGAUGGAAAAAGUUCCGUCGAUAUCAGCAAAUUGUCCGGAGAUACAGCGUCAAGAGGGAGUGGACUGCGAUCAGGGCGGCAGAUUGGGAGUCUUGGGAGGAAUAUCUCAAGCAUCCAGCGUCGAAGGACUGGGAGGGACAGUGGGAUUUCGCGAAGUACGCUCAAGUGAUCAAGGCUAGACUGGCCAAGUACGGCUUUACUCGGCCUGUCCAUCUCGAACACGACCUAGACCAGCAGGAUAAGUUGACCAACUGGAUUGAGUACCUCGGACACGAGUACUACUUCUACAACGCUCAUGCAUCACCUGUAAAUCGCUCCAGGCCGUGGCACGAUGACCUUUGGCAAAAGCUCGUGGCUUCCAAUGUACUGCGGUCUGGAGAGACAUAUGACGCCAUCUGCGAGCUGGGGAUGGAGAUGAAGCGAAUUGCAGAGGCAGAAAGGGCCGAGGCAGCCAUGAACUCCGCCUCAGCCGCCGUACUGUCGCUCGAGGCAGCCAUCGCCAGAUCCCCUGAUUUUUCGGCGGCCUUGCAGAGUCAACUACUGGCGCAAGAGUCUGCCAAGGUCACGGCGAAGAAGAGCUACGACGCGAUCAAGUCGCGAAAUAGUCAGAUCUCGAGUUUUCUGAUUGAAAUACGAGACUAUCGCGCAGAGCGUGACGAGGUAGAACGCUAUGGAUAUCUCGUGCGGUGGAUCGAACAACAGAUUCCAGCUAUCGAGCUUGAGAUGCGUCAUGCAAGUGGGCUCGAAAGGAAGCUCAGCGAUGCGCCGGACAAGAGGAAUCGCAAACGGGCUCGAUCCGAGGAUCUCGACGAUGGGAAGGAUGCUCUGCAACCUGGACAGAAUGGUCACACGAACUUCCACCCCAUCGGAGCUACAUCCAGAGCCUCAGUCUCGCCCAAGUCCAAGCGCAGAAAGUACAGCCCGACCGAAGAUCGACCCCCUCCUCAGCACCACAAGGACCGCGAGCUUGCCGGCCUUGCAGUGGGAUCUGACACACCCGCUUUGACAACACCCACGAUUCCAGGCACAACAAAUCCAGAUGUGGCUCUUCACAACGACAAAAUCCCUUCGACGCCUUCGAGGCCACUUGAAACACCACGUCGUAGCGCUAGGAUCGCGGAGAAGCUGAUGAAGAAGGCGCCGUCUACGAAAGACGUUAUGGCUCCGUCGUCAGUCGUGCCGAGUGUUGUGAAAUCCUCACAGAAGCGCGCGAAGCGAGGAAGGAAACCGGGCAGGAAACGUCAAAAGGGCUAGUAUACCAACGUGGAUGUCCUCAGAUGGAUUGGGCUCCGUAUGCUGCGGUUCGGAAGUGAUGUGUCUUGCAGCCGCAGAUGUGGUUGCCUGCUCGAGGCUGAGCUUAAGGUUUGGUGACU